ACACAUGUUGUACCAGAGCCUAAGACACAAUAGUAACGCUUACACCUAGGACCAUUCACUCCAAGAUGUCUUCAGGAAAGCAACUCGUAAAAGGUAAAAGUGGCCUGCGAAUGGUCGCUGUUUCUGAAAGUGAACGAUGUCCUUUUCUUCUGGAAGAACCUCACUGGGUAGAAGAUGCACAGUUUCCGAACUGUGUGAAGUGCAAUCGAAGAUUCGACUUCAGCCAUCGAAGGCACCAUUGCAGAAGAUGUGGUAAGAUUUUCUGUGGCAAGUGCUGUGAUUACAAUGUCAUGCUACCCAGGCUUAGUUUUGUUGACCCUGUCAGAGUCUGUGAGGAGUGUUCCCACAUCGCCAAACGUGAAGAGGAGUUUUUCGGAAGACAUUUGAAGACUUUGUGUGAUGGGGCCUAUUUUAUUGUUGAUGAGUCAGAGCCCUUAAGAUUCCUUUGCAAACUUGAACAUCAUUCACAAAGAGAACUGCUCUUUGAGUGUUCUGAUCAAGACAGAGCAGUCCAUGAACCAGUGAUAUUAAUGAAAAUUGUUUCAGCUCAGCUUGUAGCUAGUGGAGACAAUUCUGGGGUCAGUGGUCUCAUUCUUAAGUACAAACAACAAGAUGAAAUGGAAGAGGUCAGACUGGCAGUUGUGCCAUCACCUGCGGAACACAGAAAGCAAUCACUCACUUGGCUAGUUGCCAUGCAGAAAGCCAUAAAGAUGCUGUUUGAGGUUUGAAACAAGUCACUCAGUG